GGCGCUGGAGGGGGCUGGCAGGGCAAGGCUUUCCACCUCGCGAGGAGGAGCCGGGGAGACUUCCCCUAGAACCAGGCUGACUCCAGCUGCAGACCCAGGGCUGUCCUGAGCCUGAGUCUGCCUUGUCCUGAGAGGCGGAGUCAGUGUGACAGAAGGGAGGAGCCGAGGCCGGGUGGUGACCAGGCCUGCCCCCUGCCCAAGGGUGACAUUCCUAAUUGUCGGUGACUGACUCACCCCCACUUCAGAGGCCGGGCUCGGCUUGGCUAUUUAACCCCGUGGCCGAGUUCUGGAAUUCUGCUCUGCGGGGAGCCAGGGCACCACCUGAGGACGGGCUCCUCACCUGGGCGGGUGCUCCCCCUGCACGCAGCCAGCCUCGGCCCGCGCUCCCGGGCUGCCCGUGCGUCCUGGCCCCAGCCAUGGCUGUGCGCGUGCCCCUGUGGGACCACUACUUGCAGGCCAUCCGCUCGCGGGGGGCGUCCCGGGCGCAGGACUACCAGUGCGCCGAGAACGUGCUGCUCACGGUGCUGGAGCGCGUGCGGGAGCUGGACCCCCGCUUCCUCGUGGACUACUCCCGCCACCUGGAGGCCUUCCAGUUCGCCCUGCGCUCCUCGGAGGACCCCGUGGACAUGGAGGUGCCCCUGUGGGUGGACGCCGAGGCCCUCGUGGUUGAAGAGGCGGGGGCCGCCGAGGCGGGGGAUGGCCCCCCAUCCUGCCGCCUGGGCGUCUCCAGGGAAGGGGCCAGCCUGGAGCGGUGGAUGGCCGAGGACGUCUCCAGCAUCUCCUUGGAGGGUAGCACCAAGUGCUGCAGCCACAUUGUGCCCAGCAAGGUCCUGCGCGUCCUCAAGGACCUUCUGGUGGCGGCCAUCGUGCACUGCAAGCACCAGAGCCUCAUCACGCCAGGUUCUCUGAACGUGGACAGCCUGAGGGAGGAGGAGCUCCAUCUGUCCCUGCUGGUGUCCAGUGGCUGGAGAACUGUCCGCUUCAAUGUCGUUCCUGUGGUACGAAGACGGCACAGGGUGCCCGCCCUGGAGGGGGCCCAGCUGACGCAUGGGUUCCCUGAAGGCAGCCUGAAAAGGGUCAUCAGUCAGGAGGUGGCCCUGGUACCGGCCAGUGACCAACACUGGAGGGUCUCCACUGACUACCUGCUCACCAGGCUGCUCUGCGCGCUGGGCUCCUUCCCGGGCCACCGCCUGGACAGCCUCUCCAUCCUGGACCGGGUCAACCGCGAGAGCUGGCGCGAUGGCGGCCAGAGCCCCGGCCUGACCUUCCGCCACCUGAAGACGGUGCUGCUGUGGGCCGCGGUGCUCUUCCCAGGGCCGGAGGACUGGGCGGAGCUGCAGGGCGCCGUGUACCGGCUGCUGGUGGUGCUGCUCUGCUGUUUGGCCACCAGGAACCUGCCGCAUUUCCUCUACCCCGAGUGGAACCUGCUGAAGGACACCGGCCUGGACCUCAAUGCCCUGUACCAGCGUGUGGAGCGCUUUGCCAGCCAGCCGGAGGCGUCCCUGCGCAUCCACGUCACCCACCUGGGCCGCAGCCCCCCGCCGCGCAUCGGCAAUGGGGUCAAGGCUCUCCUGCAGCUGCCUGCCAGCAACCCGGCCUACUGGGCCACCGCCUACUUCGACGUCCUGCUGGACAAGUUCCAGGUCUUCAACGUCCAGGACAAGGACCGGAUCUCAGCCAUGCAGAACAUCUUCCGGAAGACCGAGACUCUGGACAGCGAGGGAUGCUAAGCCCCCUUCCCCCGACUCAGUCUUUACCGCCCGUGGCCUGGCUACAAGGCCCCACAGAGGAUCCCAGGUCAGAAGACAAUGGACUUCAUCUUGAGGCAGGUGGUGGGUGGGAGAGAUGUCCACAGGGACCACCUCAGACUGUCCGGGGAUGGCCUCCUGGGAGUCUGAGAAUGCUGGGCAGUCGGCCUCCAGGAGCAGCUGCCCGAUCCCCCAAGGGCCUGGGAUGAAGGUGCCUUGUGUUUCAUAAGAUGCGUGUCGAUUCAUUGUGUGUGAUGUCAUCAGACUCUCAAAACCAAGCAUCUGCGUGAGACCUGGAGCUCAACAGCUUGUCCCCACCUGUGUCACAUGCUCUGUGGUGAUGAAAUACUAUAUAUCCGAUCUUGAAUAAAUUAACACACUGGGUAUAUGCAGUGGGGAUGGUACCUACCACGUUCUGUACAUCUACGUGGAGAAUAUUUCCCUGGGCAACACAGAAGCAAGAGAAGCUAGUGUGCACACAGACAAUUUCCAUUUUCUCCAUUCCCCGCAAACGACCACCCUCUUCCCCAAGUGUCCCCACUGUCUAGUUCAUGAAGGAAACUGAAGCUGACAGAGCGGACACCUGCAGCACUUUCUGCCAACCGGUGCCGGUGCUGUCACGGUGGUGCCCCCUCUCCUGUGUAAGGUGGUGUCUCCUGGCAUCUGACACCACCCCCUCCAUCUGUCCUCACUGCUCCAUUUCCCUGCUCCACAUUCUCUCAUCAGCCUGUGACAGCCGGCCCGCAGCCCCUUCCCCACUGAGCUCUCCGGUGAGAGGCCCGGUGACCUUUGUGUGGCCCGGCCUAGCAGACAUGUUCUACACUCCACCCUCUUUGCCGGUCGGUGAUGUUCAUUCCUCAGCUUCUGACCUGCAGCCCACAGGGCUGGCUCCUGGAAGGAGCCUGCAACCCCAAGGCAAGUGCACGUAGCAGCAUCUUCCCACCUCCUCAAAGUUUCCUACGGCCAUAGGCCAGAAGAGCCACACACGGAGGAGAGGAAAAGCCAGGUCCUUUGAAGGCUGUGGCAUUCAGGGCCUGAGCUGACACAAAAUGCCAUUAGAGUGGGGGCUUGCAGAACACAGAAUUUUGGUCCAAUCUGAUUCACCGUGAGUACAAAGUGUCCAGACCCACCCUAUGAUCAUUUCCUCAGUGUCUGAGUAUGUACCAGAAUGUCUGUUCUCAGCAGGAGUAAGAGCCUCAAUGGUGGGAAAGGCCAAGGGGAAGACUUCAAAAGCACUUCUAUUCUCAUGGCCAAAAUAGUCUAGCAAAACUUACUCUAUCCCAGGGGCAAUAACAGAACUUAGCUUCACCCUGAAAGACCCUAGUUCACCAGUACGAACUUAGCAAAAAUCAGAUGAAUCAAAAAUGAGAUACUUAGGUAUAAUGCAACAAACUUUGCAAAACAUCUACAUGAGGAAAAGCACAAAGCUCCGGUGAACACAAUCAAAGAGGUACACAAAUGGAUACUCCACACUCAACGGUGACUCAACGUUGUCAAGCUGUCGGUUCUCCCCAGCUUGGUCUGUAUGUUCAGUGCAACCCCAAUCCCAGCAAGUUAUUUUGUGGAUAUUGACAAACUGAUUCUAAAGUUAUAGAGACAAAAGUCUCUCAGAAUAGCCAACGUGAUACUGAAGGAGAACGAAGUUGGAGGACCGACAGUACCCGACUUCAAGAUUUCCUAUAACGCUCCAGUCCUAGUGAUAGUGUCCUAUUGGUAAAACAACAAAGAGAUCAGUGGAAUUGAAUAUAGAGCCCAGAAAUAGACCCUCAAAUAUAAACAAUUGAUCUUUGACAAAGGAGCAAAGGCAACACAAUGGAGCAAAGAUAGUCUUUGCAACAAAUGGCACUGGAACAACCGGACACACGCAAAAAGAUGAAUCUAGGCACAGACCUUACACCCUUCUCAAAGAUUAACUGAAAAUGGAUCAUAGACACAAAUGUA